AUCAGCAUUUGGAUACUCCGGCCAUCUUGCAUUUGGAGUGUGCACAUAUUGUUUAAAAAGUCGCUUGUGAUUAACAAGUUACUAAAAUGACUGCCCAUGAUCAAAUUCGAGCUAUGCUCGAUGAACUUAUGGGAACGACACGCGAUGGCGAUACCGACAAGUAUCGAGUGAGGUUUGAUGACCCUCGGGUAUGUAAGAGCUUCCUACUGAACUGUUGCCCUCAUGAUAUUCUGGCCAGCACGCGCAUGGACCUUGGAGAGUGUCCCAAUGUACAUGACUUGGCUCUGCGUGCAGAUUAUGAGCUUGCCGCAAAAAAUAAAGAUUACUUUUAUGAUAUUGAUGCUAUGGAACAUCUCCAAAGCUUUAUAAGUGAUUGUGAUCGAAAGACAGAAGUGGCCAAACGCCGCUUAAAAGAAACACAGGAGGAGCUCAGUGAAGAAGCAAACAGCAAGGCAGAACAAAUCCAUGCCCUGGGUGAACAGAUUGGUACUCUGAUGGCAAGGGCUGAGGAGAUCGGGGCUGCUGGUGAGGUGGAAGAGUCCAUGAAAAUGUUGGAAGAAGUUGAGGCACUCAAGACAAAGAAGAGUCAGGCUGAGAUUGAGUUCAGAAACUCAAUGCCAGCUUCAAGUUACCAGCAACAAAAACUGAGAGUGUGCGAAGUUUGUGGAGCAUAUUUAGGGAUCCAUGACAAUGAUCGUCGACUGGCUGAUCAUUUUGGUGGCAAGUUGCAUUUAGGAUUCAUCACCAUUAGAGAAAAGCUGGAUCAUUUAAAGGCCCUGGUGUCUGACCGCCGAGCUCAAAGAGAAGCCCAGAAGGAGGAGAUGCGCCAGAGACGUGAGAUGGAGAAUGAUGCUGAUCGUGUGCGCGGUGCAGCUCUGGUAGAUCGUAGCCCUAACCGCAAGGGGGGAUAUGACAGAGGGGAUGAGCGUGGGGUGAGAGAUCGCAGCAGGGAGAGAGAGUCAAGAAGAUCCCGUAGCCGUGAUAGACAUAGACGCAAGAGAAGCUCAAGGUCACGAGAUCGUAGUUCCAGGAAAAGAACAAAGCGUAGCCGUUCUAGAUCUAGGAGGUCACGGUCGAACUCAAGAGAGAGGAGACGCCGCUCACGCAGUCAUUCAAGACGUAAGCAUCGCAGACGAAGCCGCUCAGAUAGCAGACCACGUAAUGAAAGGUCACAUUCUAGAUCUAACGAAAAGAAAGCAGAAAACCCUGAGGUUGAAGCAAGUGCAAGAGGUAAUGAAGUAAACUGAGUCAAGAUUUCAGCAGUGUAUAUCAAAAGCCAUUUGUUUUUAAAUAUGCAUUUUAUUCUUAUCUUUGUUAGCUGACUUGUCCAUUUAGUUAUGAAGCAGUUUCAGUUAGAUAAUUCAUUUGGUAUGACAUUUUGAAUGGAAUUUUACCCUUAUCAGAGUUAGCCCUUGGCAUUUAGUUGUUUUUUUUUUAAAGAAAAAUACAUUUGUUAAAAGAAAGUUUACUGAAAUCCAAAUUCAGUGGUGUAAAAUAAAAGUAUUAUUUUUUAUAUUUAUUGGUGGUAGGUUUUUCAAAACGUUUAAAUACAUCUUAUUCUAAAUAGGUUUGAGUAUUAUUUUAAAGUAUUACUGCCGUUUCCACCUAUCUUUUCAGUCUAAAAAUGUUUUAUGACCAUGGUUAUCUGGUCCAAACUUGUAUCAUUUGUUGACCAAGUGUUUUUAACUGCAAAAGUUGUCUUACAUCUUGUGGUUUUCUGUUCAUGUGAGUAUAUUUGAUAAAAAAAAACAAUUGACUGAAAUAUUUGCUUAGAUUAAGCUUGUAAACUUUGUACCCAGUCAAUCCGUGGACUGUUUCCUUCAAUACAUUGAUUGUUACCGUAGAUAUGUCAUCAUGUACAUUUGUUUCAAUAAAAUUUCGUUUUCUGGC